GAACGAGAAGCCAGAGGCAGAGAUCGAGUACUAGGGCAUAAUCUCAAUGGCGACUCCUGAUCAUGCUGAAAAUGAUCUUCAGCCAUUCUUUGUUCUUCACAAAGCUUUGGUUCAGAAAUCUGUGAGGAAAUCAUCAGGAUCUAGGAAAAUCAGGAGGAGAAUUGAAUUAUCUCCAAUAUCAGCUAAAAAUGCUGAGAAAAUGGAAAUUGGCACUGGUGAAGAAUGGGAUGAUCAUCACUAUGAGCACUUGCGAAUGGAAGCUUUCAAUUUUGUUUGGUCGAAGAUUGAGUCCACCAUUAAGGAUGUUUUGAGGAACAUCAAUCUUAAUGUAUUCAAUGAGAUUCAUCGCUGGGUUUGUGAAUCAUUUGAUGCAAUUAAAUCAUGUGGGACCACUCUCACCAAGGCAACUCACUCAUACCCCAUUGUAACUGAUGCUACUUUUAGACAGCUAUUCACUGGGUUGGUUUUCACCAAGAAUAUGGAGUUUGUUGAUGAUCUGAUGACGUUUGAAGAGCUCGGUCUACAUCUAAAAUCUCACGGAUGUCAUGUGGCUAACUUAUCAUCUAUUGACUUUUCGGCUAAUAAUGGCAUUGGUGGCUGUCUCAGAAGUUUGUUGAGACAGUUUCUAAUGGUUACUUUGGAUGCAGCUGAUAUAUCCAUUUUAGCAUCAUGGUACAGUGACCAAGGAAACUACAACAAGCCUGUGGUUGUGAUUAUAGAUGAUAUGGAGCGAUGCUGUGGGUCUGUAUUAUCAGAUUUCAUCCUUAUGUUGAGUGAAUGGGCGGUCAAGGUUCCAGUCAUUUUAAUAAUGGGAGUUGCAACGACUCUUGAUGCCCCAAGAAAUAUACUUCCUUCAAAUGUGCUCCAACACUUGCACGUUUCCAAAUUCCUCCUGGGAUCUCCAUCUGAGAGAAUGGAUGCAAUUGUUGAGGCUGUUCUUGUGAGACUGUGUUCUGGGUUUUGUGUUGGCUACAAGGUGGCUGCUUUUAUGAGAAACUACUUUUUAAGGCAAGAUGGAACAUUAACCUCUUUUAUUAGAGCUUUGAAGUGGUUUCAGAUUGCAUGUGUCGUACAUUUCUCCUCAGAGCCUCUAAGUUUCAUGCUCAAGGCGUUAUUUGUUGAGGAAAACAGUCAGGGGUUUUGGAGUGAAGAACAUGCACUCUUUCCAGAAGAAAUGUUAAAAUACGCUUUUGAUCUUCCAUCUUGUAGGAGGAAUAACACGGAAGAACGGACUGGUGAAAACUUGGCUCAUGAUUUGUCAGAACUGAAGAGAUUGCAAAAGUGCUGGAGCACUAUAGUUCUGUGCCUAUAUGAAGCUGGAAAGUAUAAUAAAAUCCAAUUGUUAGACUUGUUUUGUGAGGCAGUUGUUCCAUGUUUGGGCAACUCAACAGCUUCUAAUCAUCACUUGGGUUCUGGAAUAUCAUCUUCUAGUGAUCACUCUAUUCAUCACCAAUAUCUGAUCUCGGAAAAGUGCAGUUUUAUCUGUCAAGCAAUACGCAAGGUGAGGGAUCUCCCAGUUGUGCUACUUUAUCAAUUGCUUAAGAGCUGGGAAAAACUCACAGAGGAUGUCAUUGAGAUUCAUGACAAAGUGAAGGAACUCCAAUCUCUGCUGAAAUUUGAGAAUGGCAAGAGUUUGAAACAAGAUUUGACGAAUAUACCCAAGAGACAUACAUCUCGGAGUCAUUUAAAUAUGGAUAAGGACUCAAAAGUGUUAAAUGAGAAAGCUGCUAGGUUGAUGGAGACCAUGGUUAGGGAUUACAUGCAGCCUGUUGAGUGCAUACCUUUUCACGAAAUAGUGUGUUUUAAGAAUGUUGACAAACUACAAUCAGCUUUAAUGGGAGACCCAAGAAGAAGAAUUCAACUUGAUCUUCUGGAGUUCCAAAAAAUCCUUCUUUGUAGUUGCUGCAGCAAUAGUAGUAAAGCGAUAUUACCAUCUAUGCACAACACUUCAAUUCUGUAUACCCUGGCUCAGGAGCAUGGUGAUCUUAUCAAUCUCCAUGAUUGGUACCAGUCUUUCAAAUCAACUGUCUUUCAGCCAAGUACCAAAGGGAAACACAAGCUGAAGCAGUCCCCAGCUAAGAAAAGAAAGGACACAAAUGAAUCUCAAAACCAGAGUGAAGCAUCGAUUCAAGUGCGAUUCUGCAGGGCAGUCACAGAGCUCCAGAUUACUGGCCUGCUUCGGAUGCCCAGCAAAAGACGGCCAGAUUAUGUGCAGAGGGUAGCAUUCGGAUUGUAACGACUGGAGCCAGCCAUUAACCGGUUUGCUCUGCCUUGCUUCAUUCUUCUUUGAUGAUCUAUCCUUAUAUGCAAUUGUAUGAUUAUUUCGUUCAAAGAUUAGCUGAAAAAUGCAGUUUUAGGUAUAAGAAUGAUGUUUGUAGUUGUAUCAAUGAACUGAAGAAAAUUAACACAGGGAACUUCUACUGAAAUAACAAUUUGUUCCUUUAUCAUCUAGGUUGUGGAAA